AGUUGUUGCGUCCGGGCAGUUGCCUGGGAAUGGGAGCUCUUUAAAUCGCGAAUUAAUCAGUAACUCGCCUGCCAGAGGCUCUGAACUCAAAGCUCAAGGAGGGAACCAGCAGGCGGACAUCGAGACACAAGCGAGUGAGAGGAAAGUGGACGAGAAUUCAGGAACUGGCAGAGAUACGGGGACCCCCUGCUUCUUGCUGACUGCCAGUACGGUACUGUUUGUUCAGGAAGAAGCCAUCAGUUUGGAAUGAACAGUAGGGAUACACGUUGAUGAUAAUCCAUUUUAAAUUUCUUUCUGUGGCUGGAUUUGACCUGAAAUGCCAGUUGAGUCGAAUUAUUCCGAGAUGGACUAUAACGUAUCGCCUAGGACCAAGCUGCACGGCAUUGAGAGAAUGGGAAGUGAUGACAGUGGAUUUGGAUCUAGGUCCAAGUACUCCAAUUUGGAUGAUGACUUCAUGAAUUAUAUGUCCCAUGAGGAAAAGGAGUGUAUUCUGUUUUUUGAGACAACCCUGGAUUCCCUGAGGGAUGAUUUUGAGGAAAGUAGUUCUAUUUGCAGUGUAAAUGGUGAAGAUCCAGCCACACCAACGCAGGUUAACUCAGGCCAUGAGGAAAUCAUUGACUUAGUGGCAACCCGAUCUCUGGCAACGGGACGUAUAUCUAAUUAUGACAAUGUGCUUCCAGUUGGCGUACUUCAGAAAGAGGAGGUUCAGACAGAUCAAGAGCAGCCUCCGCUGAAACAACCAGAGAACCCACUUCUCACUACGAAUGCAGCAUCGUUUAAAAAACAAAGAAGCUUUGAGAGAACUUCUCUUGAGUCUGAAAUCGAGCCAGCCAGAGCAUACUUCAGCCAGACAAAGCCACCUGGAUCAGUGCCAACUCCAAUGGUUAUAGCACAGAAGAUUGCAGAGAGAAAAGUUGGGAAUGGAAUGACUUCGCCCGCGUCUCCAACAGAAAGCAAACGUUUCACUUACGAGAACGAUCAAACAAAUUCAACCUCUCCUACUGAGGGUCGAGAGUUUCAUUACAAAAAUGCAAAGCUCCAGAAGUUUCCAUCCAACAUUAGCAUUUCUGUGGCAAACAAGGAGUACAACAAUACCAUCACCAAAGCAGCUGUCAAAGUUCAAGAGCGCAAAGCACAAGUGUUGGCCAAUCUGGGCGGUGCAAGCCUUAUUGUUGCUGAAUCAGAUGACAGGCAACAGAAAGGUAAACUCAAUGGUCCAAGAAGAAGCUUGUCUUUCAAAGAAGCAGUGUCCAGCCAAACUAGGAGUGAGGCUCCGUCAAAACUUGGGCUGGUCAAAGAAUCAGAUGAGAUUGAUUCGGAUGUUCCCAGUGGCUUCAAAGCAAAGGUCAGAAAUUCUGCUUCAGCUCAGUCAAUGAAGGUGCAGCCUGUGUCCAAUGGCGCACUCAUGGCUAGUCCUGUUAUCCUACCUAUGAAAGCUCCCAUUCCCAAGCCUGAAACUAAAGAGAUUCCUCAUCAGAGUGCAUCGUUAAAUAUUUCAGAAAUACGCAGGUCACGGUCCAUUCAAAAACCAUCGGGAUUUCGGCCUCAAGGCAUAACGGUCCAGUUCUCAGGCCGUGGCUCGACAGAUGAAUCACGUAAGGAAGCAUUACGGAAAUUGGGCCUGCUGAGGGCCAAUGAAGUUCAAUGAAAACCUGGUGAAUUCCCAUCGGGAAUGUUUAUUAUGCCUUUUGUUCAAAAUAAGGAACACGAUCCUACUUUUAUAUGCUGCCUUUAGAUAAAACCAAAAGGAUUUCUUUAAAAUGCUAAGUUGAUGAAUGACAGCCAGCUUUACGUUCAGUGGAUUAAUGGCACAUUUACCAAGAACCCUGCAAACUUGAGCAUAUCUUCACUGAUCUUUUGUUUUGUUAGAUGGGACCAAGGAAAACAAAUGGAGAUGACGUUAUUGACUAGAGUAAGUGAAACAAAUUUGGUGAAUCUUGGGUUACCAAGUCUGUUGGAAGGUUAGUUACCUAAGUUAUUGUCUAGCUUCAGUGUCACGAACAUCGCCACAAAGAUGUAACUCAAUAAAUCAUGAUGAGUGUAAAUGACUAACAGUCGUUUCUCAACUUUCACCAUUCGCUCAACAACUGUCACAGCUUCAGCCUGAGAAGUCGCUAAAGUGCCCUGUUUACAUGAAGCAAAGUGAAAUACUCCACAAAGCUUGUACCCACAUCUGGUGGAAUAUGUACGUUUGUUGACCUUUUUUGUUUUAAAGCGGGUGGCUUGGACCUGAACUGUUAGAUUGUACCUGGCCAAACUACAAACUAAAAAUGCCAAUUUGGAGAGACGUUUUGUUCCUCCAUUAAAAGGCUCCACCAAAAGCCAACUUCUAGGUUACAUGUGGGGGAAAAAAUGCUGUCAAAGCAUUGGAAACAAACUAAUCCCUCAACAAAAUAGUGUCAGUCACUAUUAAAAGGAGUGGAUGAACCUUCCUGUUAUGUAUCAGAACAAUAGGAGAGGAUUUAUUACACUGCAAAUCAAAGUUCAAAGAUGGAAUUUAGCUUGAUGUUUUUAAUUUGUAUUGCAUUUUUAAAGUAUGACUAAGUAUCGUAAAGAGGACACUUUCUCUCAUGUUAAGUAAUACAUCAAGUUUUAUUAUCUGUUGGAGAAUGUAAUUCUGUUCAUAAAGCUGUUGUAAUCUAAAACAUUAAAUUUAUGAACAAAA